AUGUCGUCCUCCACUCCUUCGCCACCAAGCCUGCAAUCCGAAGAGUCGAGAGACUCUUCGUCUUCGUCCGAAUUCUCCACUACAAUCGGCCCGCAGUAUACGAGUCUGGGGGUGGACCAGAAAAACGUCUACAAAGCAAACACCCUGACGUCCCACGGGGUCGAAGAUAUAUUGUCGGAAGGCAUCAAUUACGGCGCUCAAGAAAACGUGUUCGACUACAAGUCAGAAACAUUGAACUCCAUUUCUAAUACAUUCACGCAAGACUAUAACUCGCGCGAUUCGACGGGGUUCAGCAUCCACGACAUUCUCGGCCUGCAGCAGUCAUAUAAUGUGACCAGUGCACCAGAAGACCUCGAAGCGAGAUACGACUACCAAAUUCCGAACUACGAAAACGUAAGCAACAGUUCCCAUAACAACUACGGGUCCGGAACCGAAGAGGUGACCUCCGACGAUUGUAUGAAUAAAAGUGAUAACUUAUUCGCAACUCCGCAUGUUCACAUUGACCAUCAAGAUAUGUCAUCAGACACAACCUCGUACCAAAAGGGUUUCACGAAGCGUGCUCGCACUGCGUACACGAGUUCACAGUUGGUGGAGUUGGAAAACGAGUUCCACCAGAACCGCUACCUCUGCCGCCCGCGACGCAUCGAGUUGGCGAACUACCUCCAGCUCUCCGAGCGCCAAAUCAAGAUAUGGUUCCAAAACAGGCGGAUGAAGUAUAAGAAGGACAACAAGCACAACAAGCCGUCAUCGUCCGUGGAUGACAGCAGCCCGUCGAGCUCCAAGGAGAUGUCGCCGAGCCAGGACCACAAAAUGAGCCACGGGCGGAGCUGCGGCGGUCACGAUCGCCACAGAAGGCUGCUUACAGACGGCCACGCCAGCCACCACAAAAUAUACGUCACAUCAAACGACGCGAUGAACAGAACGGACUACUCGGGGAACCCGCUGAAGAGCGUCAUCAAAGGGCCGCAAAGUGCCAUGGAGCUACCGUCUUACACGCCGAAUUUGUCGUACUCGUCGUACUACACUCCCGGAGCGAGCAGGGCCGCUUACUCAUCGAUGUCGGAGGUUUAUCGUUACGAUGAAUCACUGCAGACGAAUUCUAACGCGCUAUCUUCGCUGCCCGCCGACAGCUACGUACCGAACGGCGUCAACAUGAAGCUAAACGAAGAGAUCACUCGGUACUCCGGCCCGACCUACUACAAUUCACUGGCGAGUGGCGCCGUCGUGCCUGCCACUUCGGAUGCGUUCGCUUUCAACGCCCCGAUACCGACAACGGUUGCGCCAGCGUACGAGGACGGUCUGCAAUUGAGGAACGCAAACGUUACGUUCGCACAGGACCCUUAUUUCCCUUAUAUGGCAACGACUGACGCGAACAGUCAAGCUGCGAACGGCACCACUAAUAACAAAUAUUCAUCGUACAUUUCGUUG